ACAACAAACAUUUGAGCCAACAACCUAGCGCAAGCAUGUGUCGUUGGCCGUGGCUAAGACGAACAGGCGCACAGCAAAGCACAGCUAGCAACUACCAAAAGCGACAGUCAACAACCAACAGCGAAGAGCCGCCAGCUCACCGCACAGCCAAAGCGAUGACGCGCUGUGAAAACUCGCAAACAAACGCAAAGGCAUUAAGAAAAACACACAACAACGACAACAAUAACAAUGGUGAUGGCAAAUGGUUGCGCCAGCAACAAGCAACAAAAGCAAAGAAAGUGCUAGUCAGCGGCCGGGAGAGUGGGUGCUUGCUGUCGCGAGCGUGUUUGUUUCGAUUUGGGAGUAAUGCUGCCGCCAGUGCCGGCGCUACAGUGGCUGUGUGUUAAAUGCGCGCCUCGCCUGUCAAAAAAGCGCUCAACGUUGCUCAGUGUGCGGCGUUGCUCAGCUGUUGGCCAACAAGCGCGCUCACUACUCAUUCCCAGUGCCGAAAUAGCACACAAAGCACGCUAUUUGUGCCGAAGCUAGCCAGCGAGCUGGCGCAGAAACUAAACAAAGAAAAGCACGCGAUAAACGGGUGAAAAUCAAAUACGUAUUCUUUGUGUUUAAUUUUUGCGAAGAAGUGCUAAUUUUUCUAUGCGCGUUCGUACCGAGUGGCAAAGUGGCAGCUGAUGAAGUAAUAUAUUGGAAAUUUUCGAUUUUUUAGCAGUUUGGAGCAAGAAAAUCACGUUUGGAAGAGUUCUAAAUACAAAUCUGGUGCAGUGGAAAUGAAAAUUUUAGACCGCAGUCAAUUAUCGCAGCGUGAAACAUAAAUUUAAUAAUUUAGUGCAAACAACAAGAUAUUCAAAAACAAGCCAUGCAUAUAAAUAAUUAAGUGUACACAUAUAUUAAUUGAAAAUAUUUUAUAUUAAAAAGCAAACGCAACAAAUAAUAACAACAAAAACUCGACAUUCAAAUUCAACAACGCAAUUCCUUCUGCGUCAAAGCACCAACAAUCAAUACAACAAACAGCCGAGCACCCUUGUCGCCGCUAACCCACAACCCAACACACACAAACACAUAAAAACACAUACAUAUGUGCUUAAGUAACACGCCAGUUGUGUGCUACGUACUAAUUUUAAGACAAAUACAAAGCAAAAAUAAAUCAUAAUAAAAAAGAGCGUGAAAAACAACAACAAAACGACCUUCAUUGCAAAUAAGUAAAAUUAAAGAAAAUCAAAUAAAAGUUUAUAUAGCGAAAUUUAGCUGAAAUCAAUUUAAUUAUAGCACUUAGAAGUUAUAACAAUCAGAGAAGUUUGAUAAAGUAUUGUGGCGGCAGGUGAGAAGUGAAAAGCAAGUGGUUGCUUAUCGGUGAAUACAACAACAGCAAAUCAUUAGUCAUUGUCUCUGUCGACUCUUCGCACUUUGAAUAGUUAGUAGGUGCAAGCAAACAUCGGCGUUGAAAGUACAAGAUCCAGUUACGGUACUAUAAAGGGCGCUCUUCGUGGUAAAAAAAAUAUAAAAUUUAUAUUAAGAAAAUUGUCCCGGUGCAGUGUUUGCAGAUAAGCCGUCAAAAUAGGUACCCGCUUGCGUGACAAUAACCCCAACAAAGACAACAACAACAUGAUAUAUAUUGAUGACUCCGAACCGGAAGGUGAACUGGAACCGGCAUUUCCCUAUCGUGACGUAACCAUAAAACGUGGUGUCGAUGCAAAUGAGUUAUACGAAAUACUCGGUGAAGUGGGCAGAGGCAAAUUCGGCACAGUCUACAAAUGUCAGGAAAAGACGAACGGCCUGAAAUUGGCCGCCAAAUUUGUGCCCAUACCCAAGCGUGAAGACCGUCGCAAUGUGGAGCGUGAAGUGGAGAUUAUGAACUCGCUGCAACAUCAUCUAAUAAUACAGUUGUACGCGGCGUAUGAGCAUCAGAAAAUGAUGUGCGUCGUGCUGGAGUUAGUCGAAGGUGGUGAACUUUUCGAUCGUGUGGUGGACGAUGAAUUUGUGCUAACAGAGCGUGUUUGUGUGGUUUUCAUACGGCAAGUUUGCGAGGCCAUGGAAUUCAUACAUCGCAAUAACAUUUUACAUCUUGACUUGAAGCCAGAGAAUAUUUUGUGUCUGACACAAGAGGGAAAUCGCAUCAAGAUCAUUGACUUCGGUUUGGCGCGUAAAUAUGAUCCCAACAAGCGAUUGCAGAUUCUCUUUGGUACACCCGAAUUUGUCGCGCCCGAGGUUGUGAAUUUCGAUUGUAUUUCUUAUGCGACGGAUAUGUGGAGUGUUGGUGUGAUUUGCUAUGUGCUCAUCUCCGGCCUCUCACCGUUUAUGGGUGAAACAGAUAUUGAAACGAUGGCAAAUGUGACAAUCGCCAAAUACGAUUUUGAGGAUGAGUCAUUCAGUAAUGUGUCACCGGAGUGUUUGGAUUUUAUAGCAAAGCUGCUGGUGAAGGACUUGCAAACCCGCAUGACAGCCGCGCAAUGCCUGGAACACAAAUGGCUGCAGCGCCGACCCAAACCGCCGAAAAUACUCGCGCCAAAGCCGUCAAAUGUGCCGCCACCGAAAUUGAAAGCGGCCACACCUUCACCAGUGCCACCGCAAGAAGAGGAAAACGUAGAAGCGUGCGAACCAGAGCCAGCCGUAGAAAUGGAGGAUGAAAAAGCUGCAAAGGAAGCAAUUGUAAUACCAGCUGAUACGAACACGGCGGAGACCAAGGAGCUAGAUACCACCAAGGACAAUUUGAAGAAUUUCAUCGAACGUUGGGAGGAACAUCCCAACAGCCCCUACGUGUUCGAUGUGGAAAGUAAUGUGAUUGCGCCACUCAGUGAGACAUCGUUUAACAAGACACACGGCCCAGAUAGCAUUUCGUCGUCACGAGUUUGCUCACCAUCGCCGUGCGAGUCUAUAGAGACUGUCAUCGAUGAUGAUGUGUUCAGCAAUGCCGAGCAGGACAAUGACAGCCCUAGUACACUAGCCACACCGAUUAAUGAGUCACGCGAGAAACUUUUCCCCAGCAGCAUCUCGCUGGCGCCCACUUCAGGCGGCGCUACACCCACACCGACCAGCACUACGCCCACACCACAGCCGCCGCUGCAAUACGGUGCGCAGCAGCUACUCGGACGUCGCGGUUUUGGUGAUGAGUUCGGCGGUAGCGGUACAAAUCUCAAUCAACAGGAACGCAGCAUGAAGAGCUAUCUACACACCUUCGAUCGACGCAAUUCGGACACAAGUUAUUUGAUCGGACGACGCGCUUCGGGUGAACGCGUUAAUUUGGCCGAAGAAAUACGAAAAUUGUCCGAUCAUUUGCUUAUGUUGGCGGAGAUCAACACCAAACUCGGCAGUGAGACAAAGUUAGACGCGGAUGCGAAUAAUAACAAGCACAGCAGGGCGAAAGCUAGCGGCGAGACGUCUAAAGUAAAAACGAGUACAGCGACUAAAGAGGCUACGUGCAAAAAGACAGCGACCACUGGCAAAAAUAAAGUGGUAAAAACCGAAAGUAGCGAAACCACAAAGGUAUCAGGCAACACAACAACAACAACCUCUUCAAAUACAACAACAAACUAUAGCAGUAGUAUAUCAAAUGCAAAUGGCGUGAAAUCGAAAUUCAGCACAGUCUCCAUGCGUCUACAGCAAUCGAUCGAAGAGACACCGAAACUAACUAAUGGAGAGCCAAGCUGUGGUGUACCCUGGAAAUCCAGCCUAAAUAGCACAGUCAACAAAUCGAGCUCGAAAAGCACAACGUCAACCGUUAAGACAACGAAGACAGUGUCGAUGGCUAGCAACGACGAAAGCAUGCUGCAACGUCAGACCAACGAAUCGGCGAGUGUACGACGUGCCAAAUUUCGCAUCAAUCAAAUGUCACGUGAUGUGCCAAUCGGCGUGCCGAAUAUUCAUCAAGCGGUUAAUCUUGAAGAGGCGGCUAAUACCACCAAAGACUGUCUCUUACAUCUGCUGGAGAAAUACAACGAGACCGAGUCGAAUAAGUGUCGCAAUCCGAUGGCGCGUCAUCAGAGCAUUAGCGUCGACUGGAAUGUCAGCGAUAAUUUGGAAUACCGUUCCAUGAGCUCCAUUAAUGCGUUCUUCCAGCGACACAACAAUACCGGCGAGCAUGUACGCCAGCUACAGGCGCAAUUGGAGAAUAAAACCGGUUCGACGGCCAGCGGCAAAUCUUCUGGUGGUGCUUAAGCUACCCGCAAACGCACGCUAGUACGAACUGGUUGGCAUGUAGCUAAAUCUAGUCCGCAAUAUUUCCGCUCUUUAUUUUAAAAAGAUACCGAGAUUAAAUAAACCAUGACUUUUUUUUUAAGCUAAAGAUUUAUUUUUGAUGAAAUGUAAUAUUAUUAAUUUAAUUAUUAUUUUAUGUAAACUUAUUAGUAAAUUAUAAUUUAAAUAAAUAAAACGCUGCAGAA